AACUUGGAGAAUAAGCGUCCAGCUGGUGCUUGACGUGGGCUGUUGUUACUGGUCUUUCAACUUUCAACUAACUAGCUUGUUUGACCUUUCUGCCGGUUAAUAAUGGGUGCGAAUUUUAGAAACUCUGAAUAUCGUGUCAGCACUGCAGCCUCCUUUGGCCUAGCCAUUCUAUGCUGCUUGUUGGUCUUCUCUGGCCUUCAGAUGUACAAGAACCAACUGGGUUCAACAAGGCUCAUGACACUUGUUGCUGGAUAUAUUGCAUCCUGGCUCUUCAUCUUCAUGAUUACUGCAUUGAAUAACCUGGAAAAUAUCGUAUUUGGAAAAGGAUUCCAAGCUCGUGUAAUUCCUGAGGUGGUUCUGUGCAUGGUUCUUGCUUGCUCUGCAGCUGGUAUGGUUCAUCGAGUCUCUAUAACUGUGUGUUUUCUUUGUUCUCUGGCGGGAUUAUAUUACAUCAACAAAAUGGGUCAGUCAAGUGCUGCUCCAGUUGUGCCCUCAGUAACAGGCUCCAAGAAAAAGAAGUAAAAGUUUACAGUGAGCAUGAUGUAUUGGAAUAGAAAAUUAGUGUUGCUGCGCUUGUGUACCUCUGGACAAAACAAGGCUUCAAACACUUUUUUUAUUAGGUUAAACGUUUAAUGUUCAUUUUUUUUUUCUUUAGUUGACUAUGAAUUUCAUAAAUGCUUAACACCAUGGGGUUCAUGUAUACCUUAAUGACAUAGUCUGGUUGUCAGAAUAUUGUGAUUGAAAAAUAUUUGACAGUAUGAUUUGGCAGAAGUUUUGAUAAUGUUAUAUAGCCCAAUAUUUUAUAUAGUACCAUAAUUAUUAUACAGUAUAAUAAUAAUAAGGGCUCUGUCUUUAAGUAAUAGGCCAAAUGAUAUGAAGAUCUUUUGCAUAACAUAUAAUCGUUUUUAGAAAUGAUGGUUCUUGUAUUUGUGACAAUUGCUAUAUUUAACUUUUCAAAUAUAAUGGGGAACUGGCUAGAUUCUUGUUUUGUGGCAAUGCCAAUAUCUGCCAUAGGGUAUUUUUGUUGGAAUCCAACAUUUGUUUUUAAUAAAGUCUGGAAAAAUA